AUGAAUAAACGCAAGGAACGUCCAGAUUAUGAAUUGGACCAAUUUAUAGAUAAACGACGUAAUCUUGAGGCAGUUGUAACCAUUGAGGAAUCAUAUAAUGAAUUGCGUACAAAGUAUGAAAAUUUACAGAAUAGCCAUAAUACAUUACAAAAAGUAGUGAAAUCUUUAUUGGAGAAACUUCAUUUACUUCAGGAUUCAUGUAAUCAGAAAGAUAAGGAUAUACAAGAAUAUAAGACUCAGUUAAGAAGAUUAAAAGAUGCAAAUCAGACUCUUAAUAUAUAUAUACAGUCAUCUCAUCCAUCUGUAAUGAAUAAUUUGACUAAUACAUUUGGUCCUGAUGUAUUCUAG